UUGUGUUCGCAUGCCCUCUAUUCUGUCGCUAAGCUUUCGGAACGACCCGAUACGCUUCGGGGCUCUUAUUCGCUGAAUGAUUAAGCCGCGAGAGCUAUUGCCCCGAUGGAAAAAAAGUUUGAAUUAAGGUGCACCUGUCCACCUGUGACUACACGAAUCUAAAUUUAAACUGUUUAUUUUUGGCCUAAAUAUAUUCCUAGACUCCUAAAUUAUCCCAAAUAGCGUUAUUUUGGGUUAUUGUCGUAUCAAGUUUUUAUUGCAAAACUAGCUUGGGUCCCCGCUAAAGAAUCGCCAAUUUUUUUUAUGUUCGAAUACAAAUAAUUCGCAUUAAAAACUGCUUGUCAGGUAAAACGGCGAUGUAGCACGCAAUGUAAUCGUAAAUUUCGAUCUGUGCUUGCCGUCUGACGCUCUUGAGGGUUGUUUCUUCCAGACGUUAAUUCAAAAAAUCAAUAAAGUCCGGGCGUAACAUAUUUAUCGUAGGAGGCAGCAGCCGUUUUUUGGAACUCGCGCGCACGCGCAUGCUUCGAUCAGCUGAGAGUCUUUGCGUUGUUGGCACUGUUAUCAAAAAUUUCCUAGUAUUCUGCCGUUUGAACGUUAACGAAAUUACCUUUGGCAGACAAUAUUUGCGCAGAUCUUAUUCUUUCGGAGCCACAACGAUCUGGCCGAAAAAUCUAAGCUGGGAGAACCACUUGGACUCCACUGAUCAAAACAACAAUAUAACCAUGACAUCGGAAGAUCUGCUGCAGCCGGGCCAUGUAGUUAAAGAACGGUGGAAGGUGGUUAAAAAAAUAGGCGGGGGAGGUUUCGGGGAGAUCUACGAGGGGCUGGACCUGAUAACGAGAGAACAGGUGGCUCUGAAAGUGGAGAGUGCGAGGCAACCGAAGCAGGUGUUGAAAAUGGAGGUGGCUGUGCUUAAAAAACUGCAAGGCAAAGAACAUAUUUGCAGAUUUAUUGGCUGUGGUAGAAACGAUCGUUUUAAUUACGUAGUAAUGCAGCUUCAGGGGCGUAACUUGGCCGAAUUGAGGCGGGCGCAACCGCGGGCCGCUUUCAGUUUAUCGACCACACUCCGUUUAGGCCUGCAGAUUUUACGAGCCAUUGAAAGCAUACAUUCUGUGGGGUUUCUGCAUCGUGAUAUCAAACCAAGCAAUUUUUCCAUGGGUCGGCUGCCGUACAAUUGUCGUAAGGUGUACAUGCUGGAUUUCGGGUUGGCUAGGCAAUACACCACUGCGACCGGGGAAGUCAGGGCGCCCAGGGCCGCUGCCGGUUUCAGAGGUACCGUUCGAUACGCCAGCAUCAACGCUCAUAAGAAUCGAGAAAUGGGCAGACACGACGAUCUGUGGAGCCUUUUUUACAUGCUGGUCGAGUUUGUUAAUGGGCAGCUGCCCUGGAGGAAAGUGAAAGAUAAAGAACAAGUGGGUUUGAUGAAGGAGAAGUACGAUCACAGGCUGCUCCUGAAGCACCUCCCGUCGGACUUAAAGCAGUUCCUCGACCACAUCCAAAGCUUGGAGUAUGCGGACAAGCCCGACUAUCAGAUGUUGAUCUCGUUGUUUGAGCGGUGCAUGAAACGUAGGGGUGUGAAAGAAUCGGAUCCCUACGAUUGGGAGAAACCUACUGGUGAUACUCAGCCUGUGAGCCAAACGGCUCAGGCACAACUGCCGACGGCGCCUACGACACUUCCACGCCACACGAAACACGUCACCACGACAGAUAAUAAUCAAGAAAAUAUAGAGCCUGCUGAUAACAAAGAGGCGCAAAUAGACGCCAAGCGGCGCAUCGAGACGGAAAACACCGCUCCCCUCGCCACCGACACCCACACGAACGCGCCCAAACCAACCGUUGACAAGAACUGCAACGCCACAGCCACCGAACAAAUUGCGCGAAAGCGACGUGCAACGUCGCACUUGGACCAGGCGCCCACCGACCGGCUGGACAACGAGGCGGCCGUCGCGUCGGCGAAAUCGACGUCGGAUGCGCCGCGACCGACGCCGCUGCGCAAAUCGCAGUCGGGCGCCGCGACGCUCGGUCGUCUGAAGGUCGUCACCUCCGCCGCCGCGACACCGGCGUCCGCGCCGCGGACGGGCGCGAGUCUGGGCGAUUCUCCGGCCACUCCCGAACAGGAGAGACCGAGAAGGAGGCAGCCGAGCGCGGCGAGGAGUUCGCGGGGCGCCCGCGACCAAAGCGUCACCCAGUUCGCGGUCAUGGACGACGAAAACGUCAGCCAACAGGUGACAAGAUGCGGGCCGUUAACGAUCGCUAGCCAAUGGCGGUCGUAUUUCGACAAUAGCGACGAGACGACGGACAACGAGUGGAAAUUGGAGAGUCCCGAGCACCACAGGGAUUCGUCUGCGGCCGUGCCCGGUCAACAGCAGCAAAACUUGGCGGUGGCCGCGGAAGAAGGCGCAGCGGUCUCGCCGAACCCGCCUCCGUUGAGCCGGAUAAGCGAGGAUUCGAGGACGAGCCACAAGAAGUACGUCAACAUCGCCGGAAUCGAGGACUAUCCGGAACUAGUCGGUGCUCUUCCGCGAGCGUGGUCGACCCCGUCUUUGGGGCCGAACGUGCGGUCGAGCUUGAAGCCGCCCCUGCUUCAGCAGGCGGCCUUCGACGACCUCGUAUUUCGGGUGGACGUUAUGAGAAACGUGGCAUCGAAGCACACGGGGCUCCCCUGCGGCGACGUGGCAACCGUAAACCCACCUUUAAAGCACGCGUGGUCCAGCCUGCCCGCAUUGAAUCUGCCAGACACCCAAGCGCUGAGGGAGGACGAAAUAGAACGAAAGGACAAGAAAAGGAACGGGACAAAGGAGAAAGAAGAACAGGAGGAGGAUCAGAACGGGGACGAAGGCCUGCAGGAGGUCGCCGGAAAGCUCGAGAUCCGCGUAGUGCCAAAACCCGACGCUAAUCCAGCCCAGAUGCGACCGCAGACGCUAGCGUCGGCGACGUCGCCGCUACAGAACGGCGUCCGCGUCUCCGUCGACGACAAGGGCGACAAAAAACCGACGGAACGCACGAAAAGCAUCCUGAAGCAGGGCAGCAAAGAGAGGAACGAGGGCGGCGAGGUCAUCGGCAGCCCUAGGAGGGAGAACGUAGUUUUCGCCGAUAAGCUCGACGAUAGACAAGCGAAGGAGCCGAGUCAGGCCGUGGAAAAACCGGCGGUCACGUCACGGGAAACGGACACCGCGAAGGAGGAGACCGAACGGGAGGUGCAGUGCGAUAUGCCCGUCACCAACGUUGUUACGGCAUCUUCUCCCUCGAAACCGGCACAGCGGAAGGCGGACACGGAGUCCAGCAGUACUGAGAACGAGAGCGGGGGCGGCGGAAGUGUACAAGACAAGAGAAAAUUUUGCAGGAAGUACUCCAAUGGUUCGAACUUAAACUUUGAGCCGGUAGAGGCGCUGAUGCGCAGCCAGUCGCUGAAGACGGUAUCAAACAAGGCGGUCGAGUCGCUGAAAGGCGGCAGCACAGUCGCCGGCGAUUCGAGAUCGGACAGCAGCUCGGUGACCACGAACACCAACCGGGCCCAGUCCGAGACCGCCGCCCCCGUCCGCGACGGCGGCAAAACCGGUCGCGACAUCUACCGUCCGUCUCAAGUUGAGCGGGACAAAUCGCCGCGACGCAAGCGCUGCUCGCCCGGCAUCGACUUGGCUACGAAUCCCAACGUCACUUACGUGUCAAACGCAAGCAUUCCAGAUUUAAGGGAAAAGAGGUCGAUAGCGAACGGUCUUAGUCCCGGUAUAGACGAGCAGUCGGAGUACUUUGACGCGACGGAAAACCCGAUGACAAAAGACAAGCGCCCGGAGCAGGACGACGAGGACAGCGGCGUCGACAACGCCAGUCAAAUUUUGCGAGAAUUGUCGACCAGUCCGGGAACGGAGGCGAGUCGUAUAUCGAAAAUACCGGUGUCUGUCGCGGGCGGCCAACGAUUGGCCAAAUGUAUGUCGUGGUCAGGCGACCUCACGCCCGGUCUCAGGCGGCGCAGGCAGGGCGAGAAAUACGUCACCGAUCCCAGCCAGCUGAAACUCCGGUUCAAGAGGCACUCGAGCGGCGGUGGUAUCCUGCGAAUCCUCUUCGAUCUCGCGAAACUGCGCACGCUCCUGCUAUGGCUGUGGUAUCGUUUCAGGUUUACGAGCGAGGGGGAUCUCUAACUGCCUGAUCGACGCUCCCGAAAGCUCGCCGGAAUCGUCGGAGGGGCCGCCGCCGCCGCCGCCAGGCGGCGACCCCCCGCCGGAGUCGCAGGUGAGGUGCCGACGGUUCAGGCCCCUGACAUAAUGCGCAGGCCACACCCCCUUCUUUAUUCCGUACGACCGCGGCGCCGCCAGAGGGCGGUCGCGGCAGCUGUAGAUAUUGUUUGAUUUUUUUUCUUUUUUGAGGAAGAAAACAAUGUGUUUGAUUCGAGAUUACAUGUGCUUUUUUCGGAUAUUGGUUGUUUCGUGAAAGAAAGACCCCAUAUAUUUAUGAUGCGAGUUAUUUUUUAUUACGGUGCGAAAUGUUGGACGCGGACAUAAUUUUAUUUCACUCUCUCUAUCUCUCUCUCUCUCUUUACAUUACCAUUGACAAUUUUUACAGAAGAUUGCUUUACGCUGCUGUCGAAGGACGCAAUUGCGUUGACAUCAUCCCUUGAAAAAAAUAGUAGACUAUGGAUAGUCACCAUAAAUGACAGAAAAGAAAAGCAUCUCCACACCGAUAAAAUAUAUAAAAAGUCGUUAAGACAUCAGUAAAAAAAUAUAUAUGCUUUUGAUGUAAGACUGUUUGUUGUGGGUUUGUUACGGUCCUGCAUUAAUCUUACGAUUUUUGGUUAGCCUAGACCUGGACUACUUGAUGUUUUUGACGCCUACUUUCGGUAUAUAAGUAGAAAAUGGUUGGUCAUCAAGAUAUUCAUUAUCAACUGUUGAGGAGAAAAUGCUGAAGUGGCACUUUAACAAGGGCUCUGGUCCAGACGGAAAUCCUCCCUUGGUAUUUAAAGCUUGUAGUUUUGUUUUAUACCUCCUCCUUUACUUAAUUUUUAUUAAAUCGCUCUCAUCGGGCAUCCUUCCUGAUUUCUGGAAAUUAAGUUACUUGAAACCCAUCUGUAAAAAUGAAAAUAAAGUAGACAUCUGCAGCUACAGAGCCACACUUUUCGAAAAGAUUGUUGCUGGUUAUUUGGGUUCUAUUUUUCCGAGCAGUUUGUUAUUUUUUUAACAAGAGAUCCACAGAAUCUGGUUACUUAUGAAUAAACAAAUUUGUUGGCUUUCUUUCCAUAUUUAUCUCUCUCUCGGAACUAAUAAUUUCCCUGUCUGCGUUUUUAAUACACCAUUACCUAAAAUUCAAGAAUAGUGACCCAGAACAAAACUUCUUUCCGUUCCCUGACCGCUCUAAGUUGUUUCUUUGUUAUGGUACCACUCUAACCUAAUAAUUAAAACUAGAAACAUUUAUUUAACAUUCAACGUUUUAACCCAGCUCAAAAUGGUCCAAAUAUCAGCUGAAGGUGAGCACUUGAAUGCUCGAAACAUGUUCUGAGGUCUCAACGCUCUUUUUAUAUAUAAAAGUAGGGUUUUACCUAAAAUUUUUGUGGAGGUGGUUCGGUUCUCUUGAGUUUACAAAUCCACUUUGAGAGCUAGACUACUCCUUGUGAUAUUAUUGAUAUAUUAGUAACGCCAAAUGGUUGCAAUCCUUGGUUCAGCAUACAAAUAAGCAUUUUUUAAUCCAUUGGUGUUCAUUUUUCCAAGUUGCGUCGUCAAAAAAAAUCUAACGAUUUUCUUUUCUGUGUAAAUAACGACUUCUUAUACCUCUAUCACUACGGGUUCAUAUUUGUCACGAUAUUAUAAUAAAAAAAUUCAGCAUUUUGACUGUCAUCAACAAGGAUCUCUUAAAACAUUUUUAAGUUUUGUUUUUGUAGGCUAUAGGCUAUAAUUUUCCGCGCCCAACAAUUUGUACUUUGACACACGGCGCAGCACGUAUUGGAGAUCGCCUUAAGCUUAGCUCUUUGACGUUUUUUUUUAGGUUAUAUUAACCUUGCGAGCGUACUCGAAACUUAAGAUAAUCUCAGAGGCGGUAGUUCAAACGUCUCGUCACGAUGAUAUUCGCGAUAUUUUAAUAGACUUAAGGGCGGCAGAAACAUGUUCCGUUUGUGUACGUAAAGGUGGCUUUAUACAUAUUUAUAUAAAAUCCAUCGCGGGGAACGCAAAAGAAAAAAACUUGUAUAUACAAUGUGACACUUAUUUAUUUUUGUAAACGAUUUGCCCCGACCCCCACUCGACGACGAGUGUUUCGCCUUUUGUUUCCGUCGGGGCGCAUUUAGGUAGCUGAAUUUUGAGCGAUAGCGUACGAAAACAGACCGUAUAUAAGGGAUAUCAGGGGUGUAAAAACCCGUAAAAAUAGAAACGCCGCUUUUUGUUUUGAGAGCACACUCACGUUGUAUAAUUCAAAAGAAUUAGUCUUCGGGACACUUGUAAUUGUCACCUGUUAUCAGAUUUCGAUAGUAAAUUUGUGAACUUGUAGGAAUAAUCGACAUCCAACUAAAAGAGGCCGCAUAAAUCGUUAAUAAAAUUGCCGUUGUUGUGAUAAAAAUUGACAAAAUGGAAUUUAAGCAAAAAACCCCUUGGAUGUCCAGCACUGGCAACAUUGCCUCAACCCGUGAAUAUUUUGCAAUUAGUUGUUAGCAAUUAAGGGGUCAAAAAUAGUUCUUUUUUUACUUGUAGCUAACGCUACAAAACAAGUUUCAAAAUAAAAAUGAGGUGUUAUGACGAUAAGAAAUCCUCUAAAAUGGCUGUUUUUCUAUUGUUAAUAACCCAUAGCAGAAAAUGUGGAACGAGCUUCAUACCCAAGCAAAACAAGCCUCUUGGGACAUACAAGAAGCUCCGAAAAUUUGGAAUAUUAAUACUCAAUAUUUUUCACACGAUCAAUUUGUUAAUAACUUUUUAGUUUUGUUUAAAAUUAUUUAUUUAAAACGAUCUGCAAAUACUACGACUACGGGCAAUUCAAAAACUCAUUUUAAAAAAAUGCGAGACAUCGUAAUUUUUUUGAUUGUUUAAACCAUUUGCCCAAGUUAGAGAUCAUUUUUUUGGUUAUAAACACACAUCUUUUGUUUAUAUAAUUUUCCUCUAGCCGAGUAUUAUACCUCUUGAAAUAUUUCGAGGAAAGGUCAACAUUGAAGUCUGCCUCAAUAAAUAUGACUUCUAAUACGCGUGUGCCAAUUAUACCGACGCAAACAUUAACUCCGAAUCUCUAUCAGAAAAUAGUUUGAAUAAAUUCGUUCCUAGCGGUUUUCGAGAAGAUAAUUAAUUUCUUCAUUCUUCGGACGAAAAUAUAGCUUCAGAAAUUUUUGCUCCUGAAAAUUUAACUAACCCCUCUUGUUAAAAUAAUUUCUCAGUGUUUGUAAAUAAAGGUACGGUGAUUUUUUUUCUCUCCAGUUAUCGGCGAUCGCAUCGGUUUCCGAUUAGUUUUUCUAUUUAAACAAUUUAAAAUAUUCCAUAUUUUUCUAGUCAAAAUACGUCCUACGAUUUGUCAACAAACAAACUUUCUUUUAUCUUACAUAAUUCUACCUUCCAAAUAAUAUUCGUAAGAUAAAUAAGAUACGCGUUUUAUAUCAUAACCUUAAAAAGGGAUAAGUGAAUAAUAAAAAGCAAUAUUUUGGUUUUUGCAUCCCCCACUAAAAGAUAAUGGUUUUAAAUUUGAUAAACCAUUUUCACUUUAAGGACUGUGCAGAAAAUUGUGCAUGAAAAAUACAAUAUACUAUAAAAGAAGACUAAAAAGUGUAAAGAACAACAGCAAAAGACUAAAGAUUUGAGGUUUAUGAAUUCUAUAGAGAGGAACUCUAGAAAACCGAAGUGUUUUGAAUAUUUAUUGACAGAAUCUUGAGUUUUCACUAUGAAAAGGACUGGAACCAAAGAUUUUUAUAUGAACAGCCACAGAUAAGGACUCGGCGUGUUCAAUUUUUAAAGAAAUGUAGUGGGAACUACAUAUCAGAAUUUAGAAAAGUGAUAUUUUUAGACGAAACGUGGAUAUUUUCCAAUGGAAGUGGUUCAAAAUCUCGGCUAGAAAGAGUAUGUAAAAAGUGUCAAGAGGAAAAGGAGAUGUGGCACAGGAAACAGGAAAAUUUGGAUGCUCUGUCAAUAAUAGUAUUGGACUGCACAAGUAUUUUAAAUAAACAACCUCUUGGCAGAAAGAUAUUUGUAAGUGGCUUGAAAAACAAUCAUUCCAUUCGAGGAGAAGUUUUCGGCUACCGUCUCUUGGAGACUGUCAAAUUUUCAUUUCUUUGUUAUAGCUGCCAAAAUAAAUUAAACUGUUUAAUAUUGUUACUAAUAAGAUAAAAUUCAGUUGAUUAUUAAGUUAUAAUUUUUUUUUGUAACAUUUUAAAAUCUGUAAUAUAAUUUUUGUAAAAAUAAUGUUAUGUGGCAGUCACAACGCUGUUUGGGUAUAUGUAAUUCCACAACAUUUUCGUAGUCUCUGUGUUUUCUGAUUUCAUUUUUAUGGUAAUACUGUACUUGAAACUUUCGGAGCCUCUUUUGCGGCCCAAGUUUCGUUUUGCCAGGAUACGAAGCAUGCUCAAUAUACCCUGCGAUUGUUUAUUAACAAUUAAAAAAGAGAUGUUUUAGACCGUACAAGUAGAAAAACUGAAUUAUUAGUUGCCCAAUCUUCAAAAGGAAAUAUUGAACAUGGAUUCAUUCAUAGCACUUUCUUCCUUUCGAACUCUGAUAUCAGGCGACAAUUUCUAUGAGAAUCACCUCGAUUAGACUCUAAUUCGACUGGGAAGUGCAAGUGAAAAAGAUGAUUUUUUUAUUUAUUAUUUAUUGUUGUGUAUUGUUAAGUAUAUUUGUGAUUUCGUCCGAGUUGUGAUUGUGGAAGUUUAGUUUCAACGAGCUAUCUGGCAGUAUCGAGAAUUAUAUACCAUGAAGAUAUUUAUAGGAACUUAGGCCGCACAUCGAAACUCUUUUUUUUUCCUCGCUUCGUCGGAUAUUUAAUAAUUGUUACGUCAGUUCUCGUUAAUGCCAGCGGCGGGGGUGCGAUACGCGCGCCGAUGAGAAAUUCUAGUCGAGUAACUAUCCAAGUAUUUCCGUUUUUUUUCUUUUUUUUUGUCAUUUAAAUGAAGUACUUGAAGUUUUUUAUUCUAGUCACGCGAUAGAAUAAAAGAAAAUUAAUAUUAAAAAGUUAUUUAAUAGCGAGAGGAAGGUACUAUUUAACAGAAAUAUAUAUUACUCGAACAACAUUACAAAAAAAAAAUGAAAGAAAAUAGCUAGUACGAUAUAUCUAGGCUGCUAAGGUUGUUUUUUUCUAUUAUUUCGAAUGUACAUUCGUUUUGUUUCUCGGUUCUUUCCGGCGCUGUGUUUUUAAAUUAUAGUU